AUGGCAGAAGCCAUUGCGAAGAAAGUUCCCAAGGUCGAGGUCCCUGGAGCGCUCAGCAAACUGUUCGAUCGUGCUAUUCAGGCUCGAGAAAAAGCGGCAACUUGGUUCAAACAAUCGCAUAGCGACACGGUCCUAGACGAGAGCAAUCAGACACAUGCUCACUUCGUCGAAAUUCUUAGAAAUGCUGCUGGAAUCCUUCAGCCGCUGGUAAAGGAGUCUGUGCCUCGUGCUCAAAGGAAGGAGCCAAGUCAAAAGUCCGACGUUGACUCCCUGCGAGAGAUGAAGAAUACUUUCUCCAGUCUCUCGGUGGACCCUGAAAACGUUGCUGAAGAGGCUGAGCCUGAGGAUGAGCUUGGGGAGGAGCCUGCCCCCAGACCAGAUGACUCGAUGGAAUCGCUACCUCCUGUGAACCCUGUUGAAAUCCAGCAAGACGAGUCGGAAAUCGAAUCUGAGUUCUUCUUCGCUAUCCAGUCGUUCAUUACCAACAUACAUGAGCUCCGCGACAUUGUUCAAGAAGUCUGGUUUUCAUACAAGGACGGCAAAGUCGACUUGGUGAACGCUUCUGUCAUCGCGAACACAGCUAUCGACUUGGUGCGGCACGCUGAGUCUGAAUUUGAUCUCACGCUUGUACGCCCAAAGAAGUACCCUCAGAAGAAUUUUCCCGUAUGGGACAUUCUAACUAAAGACCAUCUGCACGAUCCGUUCGAUGAGCUGAAUGUGCGCGUAGAUCGGGAGGUGGCCAUGAAAGAGGCGCUGGAGCGUAGCUGGAUACAACCUUUCCCGUCUAUUGGACAUGCAGCGGAUGUUCGAAAGGACAUGGCCACGGACCUUACCUAUACCAAAGCAGUCGCGGAUGAUCCAUGCGAAACCCUGAAGCCCAAUCCGAUUCGAUGUGGACUCUUGAUGUACGACGCUUAUUUGCAACUCAACACUGAAGGAUAUGCGGAAGCUAAGAGACGGCCGUUGGUUACAAGAACCCAGCAUCCUGGCCCCGAUCUUCUUGGAGCGAAACAACUCAACAACACCCUUCGAUCGGAAACAGAGCUGGCUCGCCUAGCCAAAAAGUUCAACAGAGAGCGCGACAUGGUAUGGUGGACACUAGCAAGCCGUCGCUGGCGCCCAUACAUCGAAGAGCACUCCGCAAACGACAACGGCCCCACCGUCCUCCUCCGCGACCUUAUUCUCUGGCUUGAAGGCGAUGCCAUGGACCUCUACUUCAGCUGGCAAGCUCUGCAAGACCAAUGCGCAAAAGUUUGGCACCACCUCGUACGCUCCCUCUCCACAGACCCCUCCUGGGACAACAAGUGGAGCAAAGAUCCACGGAUGGGUAUUUAUAUCCUGGAAGACGCCGCCGCCGACGAGGAGCACUGGGGCUGCAUAGCAAAAGACGACAAAGCCUUUGCAUCUCCUUUGCGAAAAGCACACGACGCGAUCCAAAAAGUCAUCUUCGAAGUCCAGGAAGAACCCCAAACCGCCCUCGGUAUCUUCGACAGAGACCCAAGAACAAGUGCUGACAUCGCAACUCGCGGCGGCGACGUCUGCCUCGCACGCCUUGCAAAAGAAAACAAAGACUUCACCCUCUCCGUCGGAAGCGGAGCCCACUACGAUCCCCUCGACCUCUACAAAAACUGGCCCCCGGAAAAAUUCAUAUACUCGCACGUCGCCCAAUGCAUUCUCAACUUCGGCCGUGAAACGAGGGAAGCAGACGAGAAGAAGGCGGCGGAAAGCACGCGUGUUUACGAUCCUGAAGAUGGUAAGUAUUAUCGGAUUCAGGAUCACACUUUGGUAUCGGAUGACGAGGACGAUGAUCCUUGUGCUGAUUGUCCAAGGUGUAAGAGGAGGAAGUUUUUGGGGCAUCGGUACCCGACUUAUGCGGGGCAUCAUGGGGAGGUGGAUCGGGAGUUGUGGGAUGAGGAUAGUGAGCGGUCCACGGAUAGUGAGGAUGAAGGGGCGUAG